GCUAACCACGAAGCGACUCGAGCUGGUUGACAUUUCAGUUUGUGUGGGGUUGUGCUCUGAUAAGUACACGUUCAUGUAAUUCUAAUGCCAACUUCAUGGAUCUGACACUUGCACCAAUGACAUCCUGGUCUGGAUUACAACCCCAUGAUGCAGAUUUGCUAUGACUUGUGAUUGAUGUGUUAAACCUGCAACAAUGGCUGACAGCACCAGUGAUGAGGGACUGCACAAAUUGUGCAUGUCCAUCAAGAACAACGAGAUAGAGGCUGUCCGGGACUGGCUGGACACCAAGCCAGAUGUCAACAAAGUAUGGGAGAAGGAGCAGAUAACUCCACUCAGCCUUGCAAGCUCUCUUGGCUACGUGGAAUUUGUCCAUUUGCUGGUCUGUGCAGGGGCAGACAUGAACCUGACUGGCCCCGAUGGGAAGACAGCUCUGCAUCACACAUGCAGUGUUGAAGAAAGGAAGCCAGAACUGUUUGAUAUUCUGGAGGUGUUGUUGCAGUCUGCACAGAACAUCAACAUUGACAAGAAGGAUAACAUGGAGUGUACGUCUCUGUUCUAUGCAUGUCAGUCGGACGAUGUGAAGAUUGUUCAGAGGCUGAUAGGGGAAGGAUGUGAUGUGAAUGUUUCCACGAUGGAGGGCGACACACCACUGAAAGUGUCCUGCCGUAAUGCUGAGUUCCGCUUCUUCUGGAAAGGCAGAUGUGAGUUGGGAGGUAAAGAAGACUUCAAGCCGAACAGUUUCCCUCCAGUGGAGAUAACCAAACUGUUAUUACAAGCUGGGGCCAAUCCUUGUGAAGCUACCUUCUUGCCUACGGCUGUUCAGUUUUCUGCUGUUGACUUAGUUAUUGAGUUGCUUGACUUGGGAAUGGAUGUCAAUAUGCAGGAUGACAAUCAAAGAUCCCCUCUUGGUUGUGCCUGUUCUUCCUCCAAUGUGGAUCCAAAAGUUGUAAGACUUCUGCUAGAUCGGGGAGCAGAUGUCAAUAAGGGUGGUGGAUGGAAAAAGCAAAAACCUUUAAUUUUUGCUUAUGUGCACAAUUCUGUUGAGAAAAUUCGCCUUCUGCUUUCAUACGGCGCAAAAGUCACAGACGAGGAAAUGACGGAGCUUGUUUCAAUGACAUUGUCAAAAUCUUUCCUUGAAAAUCCAGAUAUUGUCGGUCCCAAGAGUAAAGAGCUGGUUGCUUGGCGUCUGUUGUUUGCGGCAGGUUUUAGACCACAGGUUGAUGCGCUGCAGGUAAAGAGGCACAACCUGCGUGUCAUGAGCAGCUAUGACAGCAUAUCGGAAUGGAUUGAUGACUGUUUCUUCUACCCAGUGAGAUCCUUGAAGGAGUGUUGUCGUGUCAGCAUUCGACAAAAUGUGCAUCCAAUAAUCGAUGAAAAAAUUGAACUUCUUCCUCUGCCGCCACAAUUAAAAUUGUUUUUACAAUUUUCUGAGUUCAAUACUUAAGGUGAACAUGCUUAAUCAACUGUUAAGUAGUUUAUGUGUAUACUUUUGUUUGUGUUUGGUGUCAAAACCUCAAGAAUGUACUUUUGUGUUUGACAAGAACUUAUUGAGGAAAAUUGAAAGUGUGAACUGUCAUUGUCAGGACAAUCAAAACAUAAUUUAGAUUGCUCCACAAAUCGAGGAUCAGUUCACCUGCUUUAUCAGUACUUGUUUAUUGUGAUAACCAUAAAUUUGUGUUGGAUCAUGGCUGAGAGACCUCAUUACAAGGUUUGAGUUCAGCACUACUAAGAAGUUAUUUCAAAAGGAUCUUGACUGUGAAGUUUCUGAUGAUGGAAGGAAUAGUGCUGUUUGUGUUGGAGCAUAUUUUAGAUAAUUAUGGAAAUGCUUGCAUGACUAAUAGUGCUAUCAGUAUUCAACAACUAAUCUUGUCCACUUGAAACUUGCCAGUAAAUCUAAGUCGGGACAUUGAUUUCAAAAUGAGGUGGUUCUGCUGGUUAGAAGGGAGAAUAUUAAAUGUCAGUCUCCUUAUUUUGUUUUCCUUUGGAGUUUUAAGAGGUAAACCGUUUGUGAGCUGGUAAUAAUUUGGAAUUAUUUGGCAUAUGUUUGUGGGACCAGGAUGUUUUAUGUGGAACUGGUUCUGUUGGCUACCUGGCCAAAAUUACAUUUGUUGAUCCCUGCCUGAAGUUACUUUUGUGCUUCAUGUUUUAAUCCACUCGACCCUUAGAAGAUUAAGAUGGCCAGUGUUAAUCGACUACAGAGCAAAUGUUUAUUGUAUUCUGUCAAGUGAUAGCAUAAUAAUUAACAUUGCCAACUUUAUGGAUUAGCUCUCAUACUCUCUAGUGUUCUUACUAUUAAAUCAGUUAAUUUGUACAAGUUCAUUUUUGAGUCAUUAAUCAAAUCAAACAGUCUUGAAAUCAUGUUACCAACACCGGUGUAAGUGCAAAAGUAACUUGUGUAAUGUAUGAAAGAAAAAGCUUCUAGUCACUGAGUAACUAUGCAUUGAAUUUAGUUGAUCUGUAUGUUUUGCUUGUUGAUACUACCAUACACAUCAUUUUGACUGCGUGAUCUGUAGUGGUUGAAAUGUAAUAUUCCAUUUGAUAAGCCUUAUCACAUUCUUUCCUGCCUUUGAACAAACAAUUUUAAGUUGACAGUCUUUCCUCAUUGGCAUCUAUAACUUAUGGCUAUGCAAAUGAAGUGGUAAUAAUGUUUUUUGAUUGUGAAGUAGCCGGAACUUUCUUGAAUUUCUGUUGUAUGACCAAACCCACAAAGUGCUGAUUCAUCAGUAAAUAAACUGACAUUCUACAUUUGCCUUAUUUUGCCCCCUGCUCCAAUAAGGACAUCCUGACAAUUUGUUAGAAAAGUCUAUAAGUAAUAAGGUGUCAUCCAUAAGAGUGUCAAGGGUUCAAGGUCUUCCACUUCUAAAUGCCAAUCAAGGACUUCUUUUAGAAACUGUUCUGAAAAAAUCAGACCCCCUGUUGAAUGGAAUUCCGUUAUGAUGGAUGGGAUACAUUUUGGCUGAUUAGGAAUGAUCCUUUGUCAGUACCUUAUCUCUGCAGUGUUUACCAAACUGGUGAAUGUCAUUUUGUCACAGGUUCUCCUCCCAUAAAAUGUGCUGCCUCUACUGUCCAAAGCAACGUUAACCCCAACUCACUCCCCUGCUGAAAAGUGACCAUUGAUUUCGAACACUGCCAAAGAUGUUUAUGUAUGCAUUUGUUUUCUGUAUUUUAAUGUUGACCUAUAGUUUUUACAAAGAAUGUUAAUGACUGGUACUUUACAUAAGGGCUGUAAUGGUACUUCUUACAUGAUGGCUGUGACGGUACAUCUUGCAUAAGGACUGUCACUGAAGUUGUAAUGAUGCACUUUGUCAGUAGGGCUGUAACGGUGCACUUUGUCAGUAGGGCUGUGACAGUGCACUUUGUCAGUAGGGCUGUAACAGUGCACUUUGUCAGUAGGGCUGUGACGGUGCACUUUGUCAGUAGGGCUGUAACUGUGCACUUUGACAGUAGGGCUGUAACAGUGCACUUUGUCAGUAGGGCUGUAACGGUGCACUUUGUCAGUAGGGCUGUGACAGUGCACUUUGUCAGUAGGGCUGUAACUGUGCACUUUGACAGUAGGGCUGUAACAGUGCACUUUGUCAGUAGGGCUGUAACGGUGCACUUUGUCAGUAGGGCUGUGACAGUGCACUUUGUCAGUAGGGCUGUAACGGUGCACUUUGUCAGUAUGGCUGUAACAGUGCACUUUGUCAGUAGGGCUGUAACAGUGCACUUUGUAAGUAGGGCUGUAACGGUGCACUUUGUCAGUAGGGCUGUAACAGUGCACUUUGUCAGUAGGGCUGUAACGGUGCACUUUGUCAUUAGGGCUUUCACAUUACACUUUGUAAGUAGGGCUGUGACGGUGCACUUUGUCAGUAGGGCUGUAACAGUGCACUUUGUAAGUAGGGCUGUGACGGUGCACUUUGUAAGUAGGGCUGUAACGGUGCACUUUGUAAGUAGGGCUGUGACGGUGCACUUUGUCAGUAGGGCUGUAACAGUUCACUUUGUCAGUAGGGCUGUAACGGUGCACUUUGUAAGUAGGGCUGUGACGGUGCACUUUGUCAGUAGGGCGGUAACGUUGCACUUUGUCAGUAGGGCUGUUAUGGUGCACUUUGUCAGUAGGGCUGUAACAAUGCACUUUGUCAGUAGGGCUGUAACAGUGCACUUUGUAAGUAGGGCUGUAACAGUGCACUUUGUCAGUAGGGCUGUGACAGUGCACUUUGUAAGUAGGGGUGUGACAGUGCACUUUGUCAGUAGGGCUGUGACAGUGCACUUUGUCAGUAGGGCUGUAACAGUGCACUUUGUAAGUAGGGCUGUGACGGUGCACUUUGUCAGUAGGGCUGUAACAUUACACUUUGUAAGUAGGGCUGUGACGGUGCACUUUGUCAGUAGGGCUGUGACGGUGCACUUUGCCAGUAGGGCUGUAACGGUGCACUUAGUAAGUAGGGAUAUGAAAUGAUACAUGUAAACUUGAUCUGUAUUCGAGCUGUUUUCAUCAAAGUAGAGAAGCUUUAGUGAAUGUGUCUGCCUCACAUACCGUGGAUUUUGAAGCCUCAAUAUUUAUUGGUUGAUGAGAAAGUUCACCUGAUGUGAUCUGUGGAAGUGUCCUCAGAUCUUCAUGGAGAGGAAGAUCUAUCGUAUCGGAACAAAAAGUCUGAUUUAAAUGAAAAUGGUAAAAAAACAUCCCAUUCAUAGUAAGACCGGAUCAAUUGAACCAACAUUGGCUUGAGAAUGCUUCAUAAAAUUGUGUUUCUUUGUUUGUUUCCUCCUGACUGCCUAAUGUGUACACAUAUAUUUGUGUAUCCUCACGUCCUCACAAUACCUGUAUCGGGACACUUGCAUCGCAGUACACUGGUACCUCAGUCAACCAUUGCAGCCCUUGUCAAUUGUUAGUUGGUAUACAUUUUUUUAACUAUUUCCAAGCAUGUCACAAAGAUUUGAUUUUAUGUAUAAUGUGAUAAUCUUUCCAGUUUUCCCUUUGAUAGAGUUUUGCUGUAAAUACAGCUAGAAUGUGCCAGAGUUCUAUGUAGACAAUCAUGUCCUGCUUUAAGGACAGCACACCAAACAAUCUUUACUCAGGUUCAUGGUCCUAAAUGUCCAAUAUUUUUUGUUUUUUUACCACAGUGAAGUUCAAUUAAUCUUAAUGUCAAACUAUUGUCAAUUGUAAAGUGAUUAAUUUUCAAUUCUUUUGAGAAAUAAGUUCAUUAAGAAAUUUAAUCAGAAACAAAUUUUUGAUGCAGAUUUUGUUCUUGUGGAUUUAGAGAAAUCUAUUUUUGCUGUUGAGUCGGUUCAAUACUGUUUGUCAUUGUCCAACUGGAAACAAAUUUGAUCCUGAUGCAAAUGGAAAAGAAUCAAUGUCCUUGUUCACAUAAUUAUGAUUAAACAUUAUUGAACAUUGCAUUAACUCUGUGAUAUACUAUUUAUUCCAUUCUCUUGGGUAAAAGUACAAAAGUAUAUAUUGAUGAUUAAGCUUUGACACAGAAAUGACAACUGAGGUGUAACAACUUCAACAGUGGGUGAAACAACACAUGACAUGUCACACCAUAUAAUUCAAGGUGUCCUUUCUGUCAGUUCAAUGUUUGACGAUGUCUGACGUUCAGUAGAACUAUAUAGUUGUGAUUCUGAUAGUCAUGUAGUUUGUCGCCUUGAUUGUCAGUCUAUCUGCAACCUUGAUGGGCAGCUGCAUCACCUCAAAUGACUCAAAUACAGAUGUAGAGGGCAUUUGUACAUACGUAUCUUUUGUUACUCCAUUAUUGUGCUAAAUGUUGUUUGUGUCCAUUGAUAAUGUACAGUCAGAUAUUCCUGUUGAAUGUACAGUUGAAUAUUCCCGGUGUAUGAAUUGUUGGUGAAUGAAGCCUUGUAUCUUUUAUGUAUGUACUUCAUUAAUAUGGCUUUGAUAACUGAUUCUGCAACAAGACCAGGUUAGCCAUGACACUGGUGGAAGAUGUGUGUAAACAAUUUUAGGGAGAGGCUUUCCAUUUUUGUGUAUCAUGGUACAACUGUUUGAUGUUGAUGACAUAUGAACUAGCAUAAUUAGACGUGUCUUUUUUAACUGACUUUUUUCGGGUUGUGUGAUUGGUCAAUAAUAACAUACAUUACCAUGGUUCAUGAAGUUGAAUCUUAUCAUGCUCAAACUGGGUCUAAAUGGUCCCCAGCAACCUAUGCUGGUGGUAAGAGGUGCAUCAGUGGAUUUGUUGUCAAUCUUGGAGUGUGGCAUUAAACAACACACCUUUGCACAUAACAUGUUCAAUUCCAGUGUAUUAUUUUAUAAUCGCUCUGAUCAUAAUAAUUGGUUUGUCAGCAACAUUGUCAUGGUCUAGUUUCAUUGAAGGUGGCAAAACAUCUACAAUAUAUUGUAAAUUUGGCACUGUGCUUGUGAUGUUAGGUUUCAUUGAGCGGUAGGAAUCUGCAAUAUCCUUAGAUAUAAGUGAAAACAACUUUGAAAGGAGCUUUAAACGUUAACUCGCUCACUUACAAUGGGAGGCCAGGAUGUAGGACAUGAGGCCUUACAUGAGGCGGACAUGAGUCGUUGUGGGUCAUCGAGUCAGGAGACAGUCGGAAUGAUGAGACAGAAACAUCAGUGUUGGGGAGAUAAGUAUUUAUCUCACUCAUGUAUGAUACAUUUUUUAUCUCAUCCUUGACAUUAGAUAACAUUGAACAUGUGUCAUGGUAAAUUAAAAGUGUCACAUAUCUAGAUAUUGUACUUGUGGUUAGAUCUCAAGACGAUAUAACAGGGGUCAUGGUGAAAACAAGGGCAUUUGAAUACUGGAGUAAAUUUAUAACAGGUCUUGUUGUGAAGGCUUACUGGAAAGUGAGUGGGAUGGAGACUCAUCUACCUGUGUGUUAUGCUUCUGUCUAUGGUAGACAGACUUCCUGAUGUUUUGUGCCAAAGAAAGCUUUUACCAAAGAUACCUCAAGCUACAUCCGAUUCGUUGUGUGUGUGCUUGUUGUUUAACACCGCACUUGGCAAUAUUCCAGCGAUAUGAGGGCGGUCUCUAAAUAAUUGAAGUGUCAAUAUCUGGAAGUUAUGUGAUUGGACUGUUGUUUGUAAAACAGGUGAUCCUUAAGGCCACCCAUAAACCCUGAAACAUGUUAUGCAGUUUCAUUAGUGCUUUUAGGGCACUAGGAAUAUUACUUAAACUGUCUUGUAGUGUUUCUAUUUUCAAAUGUCUGCCAAUACACCAUCCAAAACAAUUGCCUUUCCUUUGCAUGUGUUUGUGAUGUGUGCCAUGAUAUUGUCGAAAUCUUUUAGAAGGGAUUUCUUAAGAUUUUGAAAUUGUGGUGUUUUUUUUGUCUGUUAUUCAUGUAUUAAUUACAUAUGGUUGAGCCACCCACCACCGAACAUAUUCAGUGUGAAAUGGUCUCUAUGGCUGUCACAAGGGUUUCAAAACAUACCCCUAUGCAAGUUGCCCUAAGUAAGUUCGGAUUUCAGAUACAUAUUGUAAAAUAUGCUUUUUUAAAUGUGUUUGUACAACUAUAUUAGAGUGCUGAUUCCUAAAAAAUAUUUAAAUAUACAUGUAUAGUUGCCAAAAUAUCAUUAAAUGUGGAACUGAUGCCUACUAUCAGUAUUUUGAUUUGUCAUGGACAUGUUUCAACAAUAUAUUUUAGCCAACUAGAUUGCCUUCUGUGAGAUCAUAGAUCCAAUCCCAGGCUCUUCUGGAACAUUACUUCUGCUGGUAUCAAAUAUGCAGUAGCUCAUGUAGGAAGUGGCAGAAAAUUCAAAUUACACAUAAGGAAUAUUGAGAAAACAACUACUGGCAAAAUGUUUGUUUUAAGCCUCAGACUUGUUAUACAAGUGUUAUACACUUUCUGUACAAGUGAUCAGAAUUUUGAUUGAUCGGUCCUAUUUUAUUUUGAAUGUUCGGAGGUCUUUCUGGUCCAGUUCGAAAGAGAUACUACUGGAACAUACAUUAUAUAUAACCUGGGCCUUGUUACACAAACACUAGGGCUGUCAGGUUCUGUGUUAAGGUAUGGGAGUUACAAUCACCUUAGUGCUAAGAUUGCUUUGUGAAUUUCCUGAGCCAAGUAAACACAAAAUAGUCUUGGCACUUGGACUGUCAUGAUUUUAUGUUAAAGUAUGGGAGUUGCGAUCACCUUAGCGCUAAGAUUGCUUUGUGAAAGGGACCCUGGGCCUAGUAAACACAAUGACUUCUUAGCACUAAGACUGUCAUGAGUUUGUUUGUGCUAAAGGUUUUAGUUAUGACAAUAGGACAAGUCAUAGACUAAGAUCACUUUCUAUCCAAGAUGGUUGAGUUAAAGAGUUCAUGUAAAAGCUUUUGGAUACACAAAUAUUAUUUGGUCACCUGUUGAUUCUUGUAAUGCUUGCAUCUGCUGUGAUCAGUGUAUUAAUCCAAUAUGGCAUGCCUAAGAUUUUGUAAGAUAUUAAACAUAUUGGAAAAAAAUAAAACUUGCAUAUUGAACAA